AGCAGUGUCUCAAACGGAAGGUGGUUGUUGUCCGAGCCCAAGCAGGUUUGAAAGUGGGGGUCGGGCCGAGGCUGUGGUUGUCUGUUGCCGAGGCCCCGCUUCCGGGCUAGGCUGUCCCUGCCAGCCCCGGCCCCGCCUCCCUUCGGACCCCUGGGUCCCAGGUCCGGCUCCUCGGCCGCCGCGCGCCCGGUCCGCCUCAGUCCGCUGCUGACCCGGCCCGCACUGCGGCCCCACGGCAGCCACCAUGUCCCUGCACGGCAAACGGAAGGAGAUCUACAAGUAUGAAGCGCCUUGGACCGUCUACGCCAUGAACUGGAGCGUGCGGCCUGACAAGCGCUUUCGUCUGGCGCUGGGCAGCUUCGUGGAGGAGUACAACAACAAGGUUCAGCUUGUUGGUUUAGAUGAAGAGAGUUCAGAGUUUAUUUGCCGAAACACCUUUGACCAUCCGUACCCCACCACAAAGCUCAUGUGGAUCCCUGACACAAAAGGUGUCUAUCCAGACCUACUGGCGACAAGCGGCGACUAUCUCCGAGUGUGGAGGGUUGGGGAAACAGAGACCAGGCUGGAAUGUUUGCUAAACAAUAACAAGAACUCAGAUUUCUGUGCUCCUUUGACCUCCUUUGACUGGAAUGAGGUGGAUCCUUAUCUUUUAGGUACCUCCAGCAUUGAUACGACUUGUACCAUCUGGGGGCUGGAGACAGGGCAGGUGUUGGGGCGAGUGAACCUUGUGUCUGGCCAUGUGAAGACCCAACUGAUCGCCCAUGAUAAAGAGGUCUAUGAUAUCGCGUUUAGCCGGGCUGGGGGUGGCAGGGACAUGUUUGCCUCUGUGGGUGCUGAUGGCUCGGUGCGGAUGUUUGACCUCCGCCAUCUAGAACACAGCACCAUCAUUUAUGAAGACCCACAGCAUCACCCGCUGCUUCGCCUCUGCUGGAACAAGCAGGACCCUAACUACCUGGCCACCAUGGCCAUGGAUGGAAUGGAGGUAGUGAUUCUGGAUGUCCGAGUUCCAUGCACGCCUGUCGCAAGGUUAAACAACCACCGAGCAUGUGUCAAUGGUAUUGCGUGGGCUCCACAUUCAUCCUGCCACAUCUGCACUGCAGCGGAUGACCAUCAGGCUCUCAUCUGGGACAUCCAGCAAAUGCCCCGGGCCAUCGAGGACCCUAUCCUGGCCUACACAGCCGAGGGAGAGAUCAACAACGUGCAGUGGGCAUCGACUCAGCCCGACUGGAUUGCCAUCUGCUACAACAACUGCCUGGAGAUACUCAGAGUGUAGUGUGGAGGCGCCACGCCCAGGAGGCAGGGGCUUAUGUAUUUCCCGCCUCUGCCCCACCCCAAAGUAAGAAGAAACAUGUUUCCAGUGGCCAGUGUGUCUUUCAUUGCUUUGCACCCACUAUUACCAGAAACUGCUCUAGAUGUUCCUGGCCAGUCACCCCAUCACUCGGCGCCGGACUCGGCGCUGUGUGAUGCCUCCUCAGCCCAGGGCUGAGUUUUAAGAUUUUUCUCUCCUUUCCUCUUCUCCUUUGGUUCCUCAAUUAAAAAUUUCUGUAUAUUUGUUUGUCAGCCAUCGUGUUAAUGAGCAUUACCGGCACUGGGCGUGUGCGUAGUCCUCUGCCCCAGAUGUCUCUGUCUGUCUGUUGCCCAAGGCAGCGCUCUGUGUCCAUGUCCGUGCUAGCACUUAAGUGGGAACAAAUAACCAAUCUGAAGUUGUCUUUCCUCCUCUUAUCUAUGUCUGUAACAAAUUUCAACUUUGUAUAUUUUUUAUCUAUCAGGCUAAUUUUUUUAUGAAAAGAAUUUUACUCUCUGGCUUCUUCCUUUGUUUCGUAGUCCUCCCUAUCAGCACCUUCCUCCUUUCCCUCCGUGCCUGGACGUGGCACUGGACCCUUGUCCCCGUGAGCAGUUUGCCUUCUUGAAUCACUGCCUGAGCAGAACUGACCUGUCUGGGAGUCCCACUCCGCCCUGGUGCUCUGAAGUCGGCCAGCUCUCACAGCUUUUCUCAGCCUGGCUCUUCUCAAGGGCAUUCUGGGCUCCAAAACAGAUGUGUGAAGCCUGCCGUUUCUCCCUGCGGUACCUCUGUCCAGCCCCACAGGAACCUCCCGAGAGUGUGCUACAGCUGAGAUGGGCCGGCUGGGGACUUGAGGGCAAUGGUUUCAGGAAAGCUGAGCCCACAGCAUGUUUCCAGUACCUAGUUUCAGAGUCUGUUUUUCCCUCCAAAUAAAAGCCCCAGAAAUUCUCUUUCGUAUAUUGAACGAUAGGCAAGAAUGAUCCAUAGCCCAGCUUCAGUAUGUCUGUGUAGUUUAUUGAGACUGGUGGUCUCUCAGCCACUCCUUGGUUGAGUGCCCUGAGGUGAGACUCCUGUGUGAGAGACACACAACGUGUGUGUCUUACCCUGAAAAAAGUCUCAGUGUGGGGAGAUGCCACCUCUUAUAAGGGAGGGACUGAUAGGCCAUUGUGAUUUCAGGCCAUCAUAUAAAUAGAUAGCUACAAAAAGAAUCAGAGACCCCAGGGUCAGCCAGUUAACAGCUCUGUGCACACCUGUCCGCCGCCCUGCCCCCAGGUUGGGUUCCGAGCGGUAUUGGACUUGGAGGGCACGGGUGUCCGUUUCCAUUCUGCGAGUAAGUUCCACGGAGGGGGCUCGUGUGCAGCUCUGGUUGUAGGCCGAGUUUGGGACACACUUAGAGUCUGGGCAGGAGUCUGCCUGGUUUGUCAUGCGCUGCCAAAUGGCAGAAGGUUUCUGAGACCCAGGGAGGGUAGCAGGCUUUCGGUCUGAUGGUUGUGUCCAUGGAAGCUCUCUCCUGCUUCGUCAUUCUGAGCCCUGUGAGAGCUUUUCUGCUGUCUUCCUUUUCAGAAGCAGAUGUAUUUGUAUCCUCAAAGUCAUACCUCUUUACUACCCAGGGGCUUGUCCCAAAGUAAAAAGCUCUUUUAUUUCCCUUUCUACCUUUUUACUUUUUUAUGCUGGUCUUGGGGCUCUUUGGCUGGUCACCUGCUUGAGGUGUACUCCCCUGCUUUUGCCACCAGACUUGCAGUAUGUCAUGGGGAGAUGUAAAGUGAGUGGUUCUUGGUCUGAACCCUCCUCUGCUUGUAGUUGUGUUGGACAGUUCCAGGUCCUUUUCCCAAGGGUAGCCUGCUCCAGGAGGCGGUCAGUUCCCUCCUGUGGAAAAGGGUCUGAAAUGGAGGUUAGGGUGGUAGAGGGACCUGGUCCUGCUUGGCAGGGCUUAAGUAUACUGAGUUCUGAUUUAAGAUUCCUUUCCCAGUCUGCACUUAAACCUGGUCUGAAUGGUGAGAUUUGUCAACUAGAACUUGAAAACAACCUGGAGAAAAAAAAUUACUUAACAGAAAUUAGAAUAUACUUGGUUAAAGUUGCUACUUAUUCACCUACAACUUUUGAUUUUUUUUUCCCUUCCCUGUGGACUCCCAGCCCGUCACCGUCCAAGGUCCUGCAGUGCAGUCCUCCUCCUCACAUCCCCGUCUCCCUGCGCUGACACACGCUUGCUCACAGAGGUUGGGACACUGGUAUUUGGAAGUCCCAGUUCCUACCCUCUCCUUCUGCCACAGGCCAAACGGCCUCAUGGUUGAGGAGGGGAUUUCUGUGGUCUCGAGAUUUAGAAAGCCUCUCAGCCAGCCAUGUUCCAGAAGCACAGAUCUGUUGUAGUUUCAAAAGCAAGUGUCUGUUUAAUCUGUUUAGAUUCUCAAACUGACAGCCAGAGAGCAUGGGUGGGAGGGUCUGCACCUGCUCUCCUGGAGUGUGAGCACACCAGCUGCCAGGAUGCCGUUGGAAGGGCCAUGGUGGCCCCUCUGCACCCUGGCUCUGCUGGCUCUUUGGCUUGUUCUUGGCCCUUGAGCUGAAGCUACCCUUUGUUUUUCUUAUCUGCCCUGAGGGGAAGUGGGGGAAGGUGCGGAAUAAGUUUGGCCUCAGGUUCCACUUCAGAGAGCUGGUGAAUGGGUACAAGUCCUCCCAGAGCUUGAGUGUUUACUCUCAGGAGAGCUGGAACCCUCUCCUUCCAGGGAGGAAUCUGGCUGCGAGGAGAGGACUUGAAGAGGGAAGAUAUUUAAUAACUAGGUGAGAAUGUUUUAUCAGAACCAGGAUCGACUCUCAGAGAACUGGUUAGGUUUGGGGAAGAAACAAAAAAUUGAGAUUUCUACAAGGUUUUGAUGAUAGUCGUGGCUUUAGAAGGAGAUUUAGAAUGUGAGAGAAAAUCAACGGUAAGUGUUGCUUUAGGUCAAAGGAGAAAAUAUUAGAGGGCAGUAAUGGCCUGAGGUGGGGAAGUAUUCACACUGUCUGAGGUGUGGCCUGGGUGGCAGGGACCAUUCACCGGCCGUCUGUGAUGCUUGGGCUGGAGGGCCAGCCCAAGACCAUGUAUCCCCCUUCCCCUGUGUAAGAACAUGGCAGUUCCUUCAACUGCCUGGCUUGGGGAAAGGGAAGCCAUUGAAGGGGGACAGGGUGACAGCUCAGGGCAGAGGAGUGUCUCCCUGCAGUGAUGCAGCCAUGCAUGAUGUUCGGUGGUAGAAAUCUUCAGGUCUCUGGAGUCCAGUGAUUGUCCCAGACCGUGGCUCUUCUUGGCUGUAGGUUUAUUGAGAGCCGAAGAAGCAGAGGUUGUAAACAGUCAUCCUGACUUUGCCCCACCUUUCCCCUUUCUCUUCCUCUUCUGUUCCCUCUUCCUUUCCACUGUAGAACUUUCUCCCUGCUGCAGCCUGGGCCUUGAAUUCCUAGGCUAUAAGAAUAGGUAGGGCCUGCAAGGUUUUCCAAACACAGGAGGGCCAGCCCAAGACCAUGUGUCCCCCUUCCCUUGUGUGAGAACAUGGCAGUUCCUUCAACUGCCUGGCUUGGGGAAAGGGAAGCCGUUGAAGUAGAAGUCUCAAAGCAGACUAUCCCCUUUACUCUCUGCACUCCAGGAUGAGGAAGGAGGGCUAUGCUUGGCACUUCAUUUGGUUUUUCCCUGGGAGGAAAGCUGAACUGAGCAGUCACUGUGAACUUGGGGCCAGGCUCUCUAAGCAUCGUAUUUCUGUACUGGCCAAACCAGCUACCGAGAAAGUCUCAAUUGCAGAGCCUUGCCCACCUCCCGCACCUGCACCCUCUUCCCCCACAGUGGGCAUUGCUGCUAAUGGUCAAAGGCAAAUAUAUGGGCCAGGUCCUCUCAGGCUACUUUCUGCAUAUUAUUUUUUAAAUAUAGGACAUGCAGGUGCCUUUCCAAAGAGGCUUGGACUGGUAUAUCAAACCAGAAACAAAUAAGCUAAUGAAAGUAUGAACUCGAGAAGAAAGAUGUUGGCAGUCUGUGUAACAGCUGGGAAACUUGGAAGUGCCCACCUUUGGGACAAGCGAGUGGAUAUGAACUUGUGAUAUCUGCUAUUUAAAAGAAAUGUUCUCACCUUGGGUUGACUGUGGUGUACAGUGUGUUAUGACUUGUUGAGCUAAAGCUUUGACUUGCUUCUUGGGUCAAGUAUGAAUCAUUUGCUUUGGUUCCUGUGUAUUUUAUGAACCCCUCUGUCAGUGACUUUCCAUCCCCCCUCCCCUAGUGUGAAUUUGUAGCAUGAUUGUACAAACCUCUAUGUAGAAAAUGGAGAUUUCUUGUUCUCUGAAAUGUUAAGCUCUAGCCAAUCAAUCUCUGUCCCUUUUAGCCUAGUGUGUCUGAACUUACUUUCUUGUUAUAUAUUUAAACUUUUCCUCUAUACCAUAGAUUUUGUGGCAUCCUUUGGUCAGGUGAAGAGGAAGCUGCCCCUUGCAGAACUGUACUGUAACCAUUUUUCUUUUUAAGAUAUUAUUUUCACAGGACUGAUUGUACACAGGGCUUUUAAUAAAAUUUUAACACUGUGCUGUGAAACCACAAUGGUAAAUCCCCAUUGAAGGCUAUCUCAAAGGCACCUGAAAGUGGAGUGUUAUGUCUAUGACUUUAUUUCUUGCUUAAUUAGGUAUAUUAAACCUAAUUUUCAACCUUUCAUUCUGUUUCAGCCUCCUGUAUAAGACCAUAUUUUCUGUCCAUCAUACUUUGUAAUAAAACUUGAACAUGUA